CUCUUUGCUCUCCUUUGCCCCCCUCCCCCCCCACCUCCUUCUCUCUCUUCGAUCCGUCGUCGUCCUCAUCGUAGCGUGCUGGAAAACGCACACAACCAUCCAAAACGACAGAGCUUUGCAGCAUGGAUAAGUUGUUGAUCAUAUGGCUGGCAGCAUCAGUUAUCGUGGUGACCGUGAUCCUCUGCAAGAGUCGGAAGCUGAAGAGGAGAACGAGAGCUGGUCGUCUCCCCAAAGGAGCCCUCGGCUGGCCUCUUAUCGGAGAGACGCUCGAGUUCGUGUCCUGCGCCUACUCGCCUCGCCCGGAGAGCUUCAUGGACAAGCGCCGUCUCGUGUAUGGGAAGGUGUUCAAGUCGCAUAUCUUCGGAAGUCCAACGAUCGUGUCAACCGAUGCAGAAGUCAGUCGGUUCAUCCUGCAAAGUGACGAGAAGUCCUUCGUGCCAUGGUAUCCCAAAUCGCUCACGGAGCUGAUGGGGAAGUCCUCCAUUCUGAUGAUCAACGGGAGCCUCCAAAAACGAGUUCAUGGCCUCAUCGGCGCCUUCCUGAAGUCCGGCCACCUCAAGAGUCAAGUCACCAAAGACAUGCAGCGCUACGUGCAGGAGACCAUGAGCAAUUGGAAGGAUGGGCACCUCAUCCACCUCCAAGAUGAGGCCAAACUAAUUGUUUUCCAAAUCCUGGUGAAAGGAUUGAUUGGGUUGGAGCCAGGAGAGGAAAUGCACAUCUUAAAGCAACAAUUCCAGGAAUUUAUUGCUGGUUUGAUGUCUUUGCCAGUGAAGCUACCGGGAAGUAGACUUUAUAGAUCGCUGCAGGCAAAGAAGAAGAUGGUGAUGCUGAUCCAGAGGACCAUCCAAGAGAAGAGGAUGAGCGAACCUCGGUGCCCUCCACGGGACGUGGUGGAUGUUCUGCUGAAUGACAGCAACGAUCAGUUGCCCGACGACCUCAUAUCGGACAAUAUGAUCGAUCUGAUGAUACCAGCGGAGGACUCGGUGCCGGUUCUUCUGACGCUUGCAGCCAAGUACCUCAGCGACUGCCCUCUUGCUCUCCAGCAACUGGAGGAAGAGAACAUGCAAUUGAAGAAGAGCAAAUCUCUCCUCGGGGAGACACUGCAGUGGACCGACUACAUGUCCUUGUCCUUCACACAAGAUGUCAUAACAGAGACGCUGCGUAUGGGGAACAUAAUUAGCGGCAUCAUGCGCAAGGCCAUGAAAGAUGUGGAGAUCAAAGGGCACCUGAUCCCCAAGGGAUGGUGCGUGUUCGCCUACUUCCGAUCGGUCCACCUCGAAGACGACCUCUACGAGGAGGCCUACUGCUUCAAUCCAUGGAGAUGGAAAGGCAAGGACACGAGUACUUGUGGCUUUACUCCUUUCGGUGGUGGGCGAAGGCUGUGCCCGGGGCUGGAUUUGGCCAGGCUGGAAGCUUCCAUCUUUCUGCACCAUUUGGUUACUGGCUUCACAUGGGUGGCUGAGGAGGACCAGAUCGUGAACUUCCCCACGGUGAGGAUGAAGAGAAGGAUGCCCAUCAUAGUGAGGAGGAAGAACUGAGAGAGGCUGGCUGGUUGCAGUCACAACACAUGUUGACACAAAAGAAACAAUUAGGGUUAGAGCAAUGUGUUGUGUCUCCACCACUACUACUGCUUCCUCUUGGAAGCUCACAAUGUACACAGAAAGACCCAGCAGUGAAAUUGGUUAGAGAAGGUCCUUGUGUAUUUUGUGCAUGGCAUAUCAGUCCAUGGCAGAGAGACGGCAGUGUACAAGUGCUAUAAAUAAAAUUUUCCUUCUUUUUAGGAAAAAGGUUGAAUGAGAUAAAACAAGGUCCACAGCUCCCAAGAAAAGAAUUAAAUGUGGUGGAGAGGUUAAAAGUGAGUUACGAGUUCUGAAGUUUGACCACAGCAGCUUUGUGGCAGAGAAGACUUUGGAGUUGAGGGAGCAUGCAGGACCUGGAGAAAUUUAUCAUCGAGCCUAGAAAAGCUGCUUUAGCUGCAGUGGCGGGAUCCGUCUCUGUGGCCUGUUUCUGCAGUUGCUGCCCUUUUGAGAGAGAAAAAUGCGCUGAAGUGGGGCUGAUUUCCUG